CUUUUUCCAACGAACGAAGAAGAAGCAUUACACAACAAUAACACAUUUUAAAGUGAUUUUACAGUAAUUCUUUUAGUUUUUAUAGUCAAGAUGAGAAGAAAUACUCUUGGAGUAUUGAAUGGAAAUCAAUCAGCCCGUCCUAAGGACAGAAAAUCGUUAGGGCCUCGUCCUUCGACUGGACGCUUGUCGACAAGCGGCCGACCAUCGAUCAGCUCUAAAAGGCGAUCAAGUCAGUAUGGACGAGAUAACUAUGCUCAGAUUAAAGACACAAGAAAUUUAUCAGACAGAGGAGUUUAUCGUAAAAACAUUCGAAAUUUGAUGGAGUUUUUGACAGAGUUCAAUUAUCCAAAUCCAAUAUCAGAACGAAUACUAAGUGCCCCUCCAAUGAAGGAAUUUAAAAAGAUUUUUCUGUUUGUGUACAGUUUUAUUGACCCAAAUGUCAAAGAGAAAACCAUUGACAAACGACCAGAAGAAGAAAUUCCUAGGAUCUUCAAACUUCUUGGAUAUCCCUUUACAAUAUCCAAGAGUUCAAUGUUCUCCGUUGGCAGUCCACAUACAUGGCCAAAUCUUCUUGGCGCUUUGUGUUGGCUGAUAGAACUAACCAAGUUUGCUAUGAAGACUAGUGAAAACAUCAAUGAAAUCUUAUUUGAUGAAGACAAUGAUGUUGACAAGCUCUACUUUGAGUACUUGGAAGACUCAUACCUGGCCUUCAUGAAAGGAAGAGAACUAGAUGAUCUCAAGGAGUUUGAAAGUACUCUUUUUGAUAAAAUAAAAGAGAGACACUCUGUUGCAUACAAAGAGCUAGAAGAACUAGAAAAAGAAAAUGAAACCUUGGAAAAGGAAUUGGCUGAACUAGAAGGACCAUCCAGGUUGGAGGCUCUGGUUGAGAAACAAAAGAGUCUAGAAACUGACAGAGAAAAGUUCAAAAAGUACAUCCAUGAUCUGAGAAAGCAAUCUAAGAUAAUAUCAGAUAACAACUCACAACAGGAUGAAGAGAUUCUGGCAUUGAAAAUGGAGCUUGAUGCCUUGACAAUAGAGAACAUUCAAAGACAGGAAAUUUUGGACAAGCAAGAGCUGAGCCCAGCUGAUGUACAGCGCAUGAAAACAGAGAAGAAAGAAUUGAUGAAACAUUUGAAAGACCUUGAAGGCAAUUGUGAUUAUCUUGACAAGAAAAUCUGGGAUCUAGAGAUGGACUACGCUAAGCUACAUGAAGAGGCUGAGCAAAACAUCAGAGAAUACAACGAGACUGCAAGAAAACUAAAGCUAGUUCCAACAACAGCAGAGAAUGCCAAUGGCUUUGACUUUGAGAUGCAUUUUAACCCACAGCAACUUGGAGUCGUAUCACACUACAGAGAUACUUUGAAGCCUGCAUUGAUUGAUAUCAAAGAAAAAAUCACAGAAAGAACAAGAAACAUUCAAACACAGAUAAUGACAGAUGAAGAAGCAUUAGACCAGUUAGGAGAUCUGAUCACAGAGAGACGUGAAGAAUUAGAAAAUUUAGAGUCCAAACAGGCUUUGAUGGACAAAGACUUUGAGACCAAAAAAGAGGAAAUGGCAAAACAACAUCAAACAUUAACAACAGAGUUACAAGAAAGACAGCAGGAACUAAUAAACGUGAAGAAACAAGACAAAGAAAGCACUGAAGUCAAACAACAACAAUUACUUCAACUACAGGAAAGAGCUGAUAAAAGAACAGUGGAGCUACAAGAAGAGGUCUCAGAGUUUAAAGAAUUCCUGGUAAAAGCAUGUCACUUGGUGAUGGACCACAAAACCAUCAUGAAUAAAUCUAUCAAAGAAAUAGAAGAAAGAGCCAAGCAAGCCUUACAAGAAACAAAAAGUCUACAAGUUCCUGAAAUGCAAAAUGACAACUAAAUACACAGAUCUUUUAUUUUUAAGAUGUUGCUAACUAAGAACUGUGUUGGUGUUGUUAAUCCUGUCAUUACAUGAAAACAUGUCCAUUCGUGAUUCUGUACAGUCAUGUUUAACGAUAAUACCAAUAGUACAGUAGUUGACAAUGAAUCCUAAUGGAGCAUUAAGAAAAUAGCCUGUACUGCUGUACUAAUGGAACAUAUUCUAGCAACCUUAGUGAGAUGUCCCUAGCCAGUCUAAAGUCAUUCAAUUAUUGGCUAGGAACACUGGCAAUGCAGGCUACAGGCUAGGGAUAAAGGAAGUAAUCAUAACGUAUAUGAUAUUAAAACCAAAGCUUGUUAUUUAAUAUGUUAAGUUCACCAUUAUUACAAAAGAUAUCCUGUGAGAUUUUUACACUUGUGGUGUUAUGAAACAAUAAAAGACUAUCACAAAAGGAGAUACAUAUUGUACAAGAGCUAUAAUUCGCAUUAUCAUUGGUACAUACUAAUAAAAGUGCAUCUUUGUUA